UCAUGUAAAAAGCGCCCGCGAUCAGACCAACCGCUUUGCUAUUGUCCAAGUGGAAACAGCCAAGUUUAUGAUGAGGACUAUAUGCUCUAGAGACCUCAGGCAAGGCAGCUCAUAGGAGCCGUUUUUUCAUAAAACUCGGCACGGCUGGUAGCAAGGAGGCCACUCUGGAAGCAAGAGCGGAGCUGUGCGCAUCUCGCUCUCACCCCUUGCCUUGGCUCUUCUUCUCUCCCCCCUCAUCCACCUCGCCCCCACCCCCACCCCCCACCCCACCUUGACCAGGAGCCCCAUCUUUUCUCUCUCCCCACCCUCCAGCCCCCAAACCCGUUGGCUGGGCCAUCCCCGAGCCUUUUCAAUGUAUAAAAUGGAAUAUUCUUACCUCAAUUCCUCCGCCUACGAGUCGUGCAUGGCUGGGAUGGACACGUCCAGCUUGGCUUCGGCUUACGCGGACUUCAGCUCGUGCAGCCAGGCGAGUGGCUUCCAGUAUAACCCCAUCAGGACCACUUUCGGGGCCACCUCCGGGUGCCCGUCCCUCACCCCCGGAUCCUGCAGCCUGGGCACCCUUAGGGACCACCAGAGCAGCCCAUACGCGGCAGUCCCCUACAAGCUCUUCACCGACCACGGGGGCUUGAACGAGAAGAGGAAGCAGAGGCGGAUCAGGACCACCUUCACCAGCGCGCAGCUGAAGGAACUGGAGAGGGUGUUCGCGGAGACUCACUACCCAGAUAUCUACACCCGGGAGGAACUGGCCCUCAAAAUCGACCUCACCGAAGCCAGAGUUCAGGUCUGGUUCCAGAACCGACGGGCGAAGUUCCGCAAGCAGGAGCGCGCCGCGGCGGCAGCGGCGGCCGCAGCCAAGAACGGCUCGUCUGGGAAGAAGUCCGACGCGUCGCGGGACGAUGAGAGCAAAGAGGCCAAAAGCACCGACCCGGACAGCACCGGCGGGCCCGGCCCCAACCCCAACCCGGCGCCCAGCUGCGGCGGCGGCGGGCCCAGCCCCACGGGAGGCCCCGGCGGGCCCGGAGCCGGCGGGCCCGGGCAGGAGGCCGGCAAAGGCGCGCCGUCGGGGCCUGGCGGCUUGGCGGCGGCGGCGGCGGCGGGGCCCGGGCAGGGCUGGGCCCCCGGGCCGGGGCCGAUCACCUCCAUCCCGGAUUCCUUAGGCGGGCCCUUCGCCAGCGUGCUCUCGUCGCUGCAGAGACCCAACGGCACCAAAGGCACCUUGGUGAAGAGCAGUAUGUUUUGAGCGCGGGGCCGGCCGGCCGGGGCUGCGUCGCCGGGGCCGGGCCUCCCUCGACGGACGCUUCCCCAAUGGCCGAGAGCGAGGAGGCGGCGCCCUCUGCAGGG